AUGUCAAUUUCUCAAAAAGACACACGUAUUAUCUACAAAGGACCAAGUCAUCGUGAAGAUUUCUUUGUAUUUGGAAAUGCUGACACAGUAUUGAAAUGGCGAACGGAUAAAUCUAUCCCACUCAUUGAUUGUGUCCAAAGUUUUGACGUUUACGAGACGGCCAAUGGUGGUAACGAAGGAAUGACCGGACGAGCUUCCCACCAACAACUCGAACAAUGCUUUGGAACAAGCGAUCCUGAAGAAGUAGUCAAACAAAUUUGCGAAAAAGGAAUCAUUCAUAAUACACAUAAAGGCCAUGAUAAACCAACGCCUAAGACUCAUCGAACCAUGCUUAACGAGUCGCGUGGUAAAGGUAUCGCGACAAGUAGUCAAGCUCAAGGAAUUCAUAAUUAA